CAUGCUAGCUGCUAGCAAAGCGACGUUUUUUUGUGUGUGUGUUUAGCAAUAUCAUUAAAGCAAAGUUCGAGUGAAAGUGUAGUGUUGUGAAUAUCGUGUGGAAAAUGUGCAAAGUAGAAAUGCUGAGAGCGUUACUGAAUCAGCGACUAAGUGCGGCCGUUGACGAAAUAUUUGUAGAGUUUGCAAGAACCAUAGCAGAGUACGAGGAUGAACUUUCUCGGACAAAAGAGCAGAACGAGAGACAACGUCAACUACUGGACGCUGUUUUCAAGAAACCGCAAAACGGAGAAGACAUCAGUGAAGAUCUUCAUCCUGAACUGCAGAAGUGGCGCACCGCGUUGGAGCAGCGGGAGCCAGAACGCCCCCACAUUAAGUAUGAAGAUGCGGCGCUGGAGCCCUUCCAUGUUAAAGAGGAUGAGUCUAAUGUCACCAAGUUGCCAUUCACUGGUGUCAUUGUGAAGAAUGAGGAUGAUGUAGACGAAGACCACUGCAGAGGAUCCCAAGCAGACAGCCGCUUAGUUUCACAAUCAGAUUGCGACUACGUAACGUCACACUCUCCUAACACUCGUGAUGAUGAUGAACACUCUAAAGGUGAUAUGACAUGUGACGUAGACAACAAACAUUUGAAAUGCUCUCAAUGUGGGAAAACCUUUGGCAUCAAGAGAAUCCUGAAAAGACACAUGAUGACGCACACUGGAGAGAAACCUUUUGCAUGCUCAUUUUGUGGUAAAAAAUUAUCUCAGAAGGGAAACCUAAGAACACACAUAAGAACACACACUGGAGAAAAGCCCUAUUCCUGCUCAGUCUGCGACAAAUGUUUUAGUGAUGGUUCAGCAUUGAUUCAACACCAGAAAACGCACACAGGGGAGAAACCUUUUUCCUGCUUAUUCUGUGGUAAAAGAUUCUCCCUAAAGGGGACUUUUGAAGCACACACAAGAACACACACGGGAGAAAAACCUUAUUCCUGUUCAAUCUGCCAAACAGAUUUUAGAGUUCGUUCAAGUUUGGUUCGGCACAUGAAAAAACAUGUUAGGGUUCUUAGCUAGAGUCAGUGUGUGUGAUAUAAAACUAGCAGGUGUCUCAUUUACAACUGGUAUUUACCCAGUUAAAGAAUAAUUUGCUUUCUAUAGGCCCUUUGCUGUGGCAGUUUUUCCCCAACCUUCAAUGAGCUGAGGCACAUAGUCUUCAUUAGAAAAACCUCACGGCACACCACCAAUCAAAAAUGUCAUAAAAAGUAUAGAUACUGAAAUAAUGACGAUGUUGUUCAGUAAGCUUACUUGCUCACUGGGUUAUCUGGACCUGUUUAGUUGAACACAAAGAAAGCUAUUAUUUUGUUGUUUGAAUGGCAACUAGGAGACAGAUUCAUUCAGGGAUGGGCAAUUUAAAUGAUGGCGGGGGCCACAAUUUUUUUGUCAGUGCUUUCAGGGGGCUACACGGGAACAUGAUUUCCUUGUCGAGUUUUCUCUUACUGCAGAUCUCUGCCAUUACGUCAUUACUCGCACUUAUCUGUAUUGGUAGAUAUGACACGUCCAUUUUGAGCAUGCUCAGCUAGGGAAGUCAAUGUCAUCAGCGCAUUCCAUGUGUGUGGAUGGCAAGAAAACCAAAAGACCAAGGAUACCAGUACAUUGUGCUGCAUGCAAUUACAAUUGAACUGGGAGUCCCUUUCACAUAUAUAAAAAGAAAAAGUUUGUUGCUUUUUUCAAAAGUCCUUUAUUGAUAGCAUACAUUUUGGCGUUGACAAAACAGUAACUCUCAUGAAAAUCGGUUGAGAAAUUAGCAAUUUAGGUUAAUUUAAGUGGCCAUGGAUUGCCUUCAGUGGGAACGUCGACCUCCCCAACAUGGCCACACCUUAGGCACGUUGCGGGCAUAACUAGUGUGCAUAUCUAUAAUUACUCUCCCUUCCUGCUGAUUUUCAUCAUGGCAACGUCUGCUGUAUUGACGCAUGGUGUUAUUACAACAUAAAACUGUUUUGUUAUGGCAGAGGAAAUGUAUUUAUCAUAAAAAAUACAAAAAUCAUCCAGGGGCCACUUUGAGUGUAAACGCUGGCCACGUUUCCUCUACCAAGGUAUUAUUUUUUGGCUGACCGCACAAAGAGGGGGAGAUGAGGAUAGUGGUUAAAACAGGUGAGGACAUGAUCAGGUGGUCAAGAAGAAUAUAAUAUUGGCAUCUUUUAGACCAGUGAUUCACAGCUGGUGGUUCGGGACGCAGAAGUGGCUCGCGGCCUCAUUUUGGGUGGUAACAAACAGCUAGUUAAAAUGUAUAUGGUCAUACUCAUAUUCUGAUUGUUUCAGUACAUCACAGAGUCGUGUAUAGUUCGCACAUGAAACAUAUUAGAUCAGCGAAGUUACAGGAAAUGUUACUCACUUGUGCUUUAGUCACUGGUUUACUCUGUAAACAAAAAGAGUGCAGCUCAACCUCUGGCUAAUGGGCGUCCUGGCUAGCGAUAUGCUUUUGCUGGUAUGUCCAUCAAAUUGGAAAUGACUAUUUUUAAACAAAAUAAUUUUUUUUAUUGUCCUUAUAUAAAAGUGGGUCAUGACUUUGCAACAAUAGGAAAAUGUGUCACACCAGUUGAGAACCACUUUGAGACCACAUUUAUUGCUUUGCCAAUAUUUAUCGACUCAAUUUUUAAAAUCUGCUCUGUCCCACUCACUGGACAUAUUUACUUUUCCAUAUUUACCAUGUAUAGUUUACAUCGGAAAUAUAUGCGUUUUAGAAACUGUGCAAAUACAAAAAAAAAAAAAGAUAAAUACAACAUGGUCAUUGUUUGAGUGUAAAUGACCCAAAGGAAUUUUAGAAACCUCAAAUUUGUUGUUACAGUUAACUUCAAUUUAAUAAUUCCUUCAUUCAAAUUCUUUUUACCCUUUAUCACUUAAGAGGUGCAGAACUGCAUUAUUUAUGUCACACUGUCAUCUGUUGGCUCAGACAUGCAACAACAUAAGUCACAGAAUCUUGCACUGUCAGCCAGAAGUGCUAUUAUGAUAAUUAUUUAUUUAAAUCGAGUCGACUGGAGUCACUGUGGCAGCACGGUGAACCACUGGUUAGCACAUCUGCCUCAGUUCUGAGGACCCGGGUUCAAAUCCGGCCUCGACUGUGUGGAGUUUGGAUGUUCUCCCCGUGCCUGGGUGGGUUUUCUCCGGGUACUCCGGUUUCCUCCCACAUCCCAAAAACAUGCUUGGUAGGUUCAUUAGCGACUCUAAAUUGCCCGUAGGUGUGAAUGUGAGUGUGAAUGGUUGUUUGUUUCUAUGUGCCCUCCGAUUGGCUGAGUUCAGGGUGUACCCCGCCUCUCGCCCAGAGUCUGCUGGGAUAGGCUCCAGCACGCCCGUGACCCUAGUGAGAGUAAGGUGUACAGAAAAUGGAUAGAGGGAUAGAGUCACUGUUUUGUAAAUUCACCUGACAAAAACUAAAAGACUUGAGGCUCCAGUUGGACUUGAGACAUGAUGAAAAGUUCAGGUUAGUUCUCAGGGCAUUGAAUCGAUUGCAAAUGGGCUGUUCCAGUUGUCUUAGAAUUUUUUCUAUCAUCCACCUUGCUCUUGUCCCCUCAGGAACUAGAUGUACUUUUUACAAACGACCAGCUGGGGUAACUGCAGGUUUUGAGGAUCCUCUGCUGGGCCUUUUUGAGGACGGAGUUGAUGUUUUCACUGUAGGCUUCGCGCAUUUAAGUUCUUGCCUGUAUGUCGUCGGUUACACACUCUCUAGUAUUGUUUCUGUUUUUGUGUUUUUCGUUCGUCUUUGGAGACAUGACACGACUCACUUACACAAGGGGAGACUUGCUAACCAUCAAGGAGGCUACUCCGGACUUUCUUUCACCAACUUUCGCAAAUCCGCUCAGUUUCUUUCCCCGAGUUACUCACCGGAGUGCGUGGGGGGUUCUUUAAGUACAGGAAUUGAAUCAGUACUUCUACUGUACUUUCACUUUACUUUAAUUUUUUUUCCCCACACAAGUAUCUGCAUGUGUACUUAACAGAGUGUGAGUACUUCUGCCUCUUGUGGCUGUUUUGCACAUCUCUUUCAUGCCAUUAUUGUUCAAUUCAGUUAAUAAUUAUUGCACGAUUUUGAGCUUACAUUCGCCUCUCUUUGGUGCGGGCAGCGUGGGUUUAGUUCCCACUCAGUGACGGUGUGAAUGUGAAUGCUUGUCCAUCUCUUUACUGUGUGCGCCCUGCGACCGGUUCAGGGUGUAGUCUGCUGGCUUAGGCUCCAUUGCCCCGUGACCCUGAGCAGGAUAAGCAGUAUUGAGAAUGGUUGGCUGGAUUUAUAGGUUUCAAAAUUAAAUAAAUAAAUAAAUGACUAUACACAUUCGUGUCCCUCAAGAAGAAAUUCAACUCACACUCCGAUGUAUUAUUGUUGCACACCAUGCACACAUUCGAUUUGUGUACAUGUCCUAAAUGUACAGUAUAUUUUGUUACAGUGUCUUUUUUUGUUGUUUUUGCCGUAGUAAUAAAGUGA